AUGCUGGGCCCGCGGUCUGCCUGCUGUUCCGACCUUCUGCCAUCCUCCUGGUUUCCGAAUCCGGCAAGGUCUGUGAUGGCUGCACGCUCUUGCGUGGCAGCAUCACGUACGCGCCUUGCGUGACUUCGGUGGUGAUGUCACUUCCAGCACCGCUGGACAAGAAGCUUGUGGGCUGCGCGGUUUUCUGGCCAUGCUCUCCGAACCUACGCUGCCAUCUUGACCGCCAUCUUAGGCCUGGGACCGCUCCACUACUCUCCUCUCCUUCUCUUCGUAUCUUCACCCAGUGUGAAAGGACCCAGCACCGUUCCGCUUUGCUCACCUUCAGGGGACGACUCCUUCUUCGGCCUCCCUGUCAAACGGAACUCGGUGAAAGCCUGGAGAGAGGCCUGGACCUACUCGCAGCCUCCUCCCGCCUGCCGUCAUGUUGCAAUCGUCUGCCGGCCCAGGAGUCCCCCUGGAGGUUUCUGGCACUCUGUACACCAGCCUCUCAACAGAACCCUGGCCAUGAGAAUCCUGGUAAGCCUGGAGGAACCUUACCAGAUCAUCCUGUGA